AUGGCUCAGACCUCUAUCAGUGAUUGUGCGGACGCACUUAGCAGUCAGUACGAAACUGUUAAUUACAACAAUACUAUUCCUCUCACUACAUACACCAACUUACACGAAUUAAAAAUUGAUAAUGUAAUUGGAUCAAACUGCAUUGGUAUGAGUGCAGCACUUAUUAAUGGUGGAUUAACAAAUUUCUGCUUAUAUCCAGCAUACAAGUAUACCUCUUCCCAACCAACCCAUAGACAUGGAUUAGUAAACCAUGUUGUUGUUGGUUCAAAACAGGAUAACAAUUUCAUCAUGUUAGAAACAUCUUCCGAUACUUCAGAGCCUUUCGUUAUUACUUUUGAUGAAACAAAUAUGGGUGAUCAACAAAAAAGAAGCCUAGCAUGUGAUGGUUCGGUCAUCACUUUUAAAGGAACAUUGGGUACCAAACCUAUUACUUGGUGUGUUUGUGAUACCAACAUCAAACUGGAGGGAAAUUCUUUGAAAACAAUUUUGGAAGAAAUUAAAUGGAGUGAUUCUAGAAUUGUGCAAAAAAGAAACAAAAAAGGAGAAAGAGUUUUUCAACUCACUUUAAAACAAGAUGGUAAGCACACAUAUGGAGUGCAUGAAAAGGAUAAAUGGAAAAACAAAACCUUUGAAGUAAAUGAUACCAAUAGAAAUUUUGCAGAGAAAAUGCUUGGAAUUGAUGAUGCACAAAAAAAGAAACAAUUUUGGGGAAAUAUUGAUAAACUCUUAGAGGAGUGGUCAGAUAUUAAUAGCAUGAUUUCUGGUUUGACCUUACAAAAUUUUUACGACACAGCACAAAAUAUCAACAACAAGAUGUUAUGCGAUAAGCUUGUUUCAUUUGCCAAAGAGAAUCUCUCCAAUCUCGAUCAAAACAGAUUUUCUUCUUUACCUUCAAAACUUGUUAGUUUAAUAAACAAUACCAUUUCUAAUUAG